UAUGUACUCAAUCGGUAAUGUAAAUAUCUACGAAUAAAAUGAAAUGUCAACAAUAACAUUUUAAAUUAUUACGUUUUAUUUAUUACACAUAAAAAUAAAAUACUGAGACAAAAUGUCAGUGAGAAUGAAAACUAAUAUGUUCUUCCGCAUGUUUGUAACGAAAACAAAACACCUUGCACAAAAAGAACUUCGUUUACUUGAUAACGAUCAGAUAGAAACGUCACAAAAAUUACCUUUUAAUGAGGACACAGAUUUAGAAGUCAAUAAAUCUGACUUGGACGAAGAAAUCUCACUGGAAAACAUCAAAGGCAAUGCAAAGGUUAUCAAGGCACUGAAAGACAUGGGCGAUGUUGAUGUAAAUCGCAUUCCGCAAAUUUGUUUGAGUAAAGUGCAGUCUCCUAAGUUACUAUACUUGUUAAAUAAAAAUACCGCUAAAGAUCUUGCAUCAAUAAUUGCAAAUGAUAUCAUUAAAUCUAAUGUACCUGUCGUAGAAGUUAAUUCCGGUCCUGGAUUUCUAACUGAAGAGUUACUUAAAGCUGGUGUUCCUCGAAUUUAUAUGAAUGAAAAAUACGAAGAAUUUCAUUGGUAUCUUGAACCACUUUUGAAAAAAUAUGGCAAGCGAUUGAGUUUACGAAAAUACAAUCUUUUACAACUAAGUCUUAUUCAAUCUUCAGACGACAGAAUUAAUGGCAAAAAAAUGCAAGAUAUUUUUGGAGGAAUUGAUACAAAACAAUGGGAUCAGGAACCAUCAAUGCAAAUAAUUUCAAUAGUACCUAAUAAACCAUUUUUAUACAGCGUACAAUACUCAAUGAUAGAUCAAUAUUUGUCUAGCUUUGGACGUAUUAUUUUAUACAUCGUGACCAAGCCAUCAAUAGCUAAAAUUUUUGAAAAUAUUCCUGAUUCUUCUCUUCACAAACCCAGAAAUAUUUUUCUUCAGACGAUGUUUGACUCAAAAGUACUUGGUUCAUUACCAAGAGCGUCAUUUUUCCCAUUGAAUUCUAAUACAAAGAAAAAACGACCGAAUUCUAAACUUUACAUAGAUGAUAAUGAAAAAAUGUCUGUCAUGAGAUUAGAAGCCAAGAAGGAUUUUUUAUCUGAUGAUUUUACAAAGCGCGAUGCUUUAAUGUUUCUGUAUUUUUUAAAAUCUCAUAUGAGAAGACGUGAUGCGCGAAUUAUACCAGAAUUAGAAAAACUAAUGCCAGGCUGUGGAAGACAAUUGAUACGACAUAAUUUGAAUAUUUAUUCGAGAUUUUCAGAAUUGUCAUCGUAUCAAUUAUUCAUUUUAUUUCAAAUAAUCAAGUCUUGGGCCCAGUUUGAAAACAGUUCAUUUGUCGAGGAUUUGAAGUUUCAAUUUGAGCAAGAAACGUAGCCGUAUUUUUAUUUUCAUCUGUCUAUUCGAUUAUUUAAAAUAAUUAUAAUUAUUGAAAAAAUUCAUGUAAAUAUUCAUCAGUUGUGAAAAUGAUUUUCAUUAAAAUUGUUGAUCGUUAAUAACUUGGCUGUAUUUUUAUACAUUAAAUUAAUUAAAAAUCUUCAAUAUGAAGAUAAUCAUUACUUUUCAUUUAAUCUUACUUCGUUAGUGAACUUUAAUCUUUCGUUUAAUCUAACUCGACUGAUCAGCCACUCUUUGAAUACAUUUAUAGUAAAUACUGACUUGUUUUUAAAACAAG